UUGCCUUCCUUGUCUCUUGAUUUAUCAUUCCAAGAUGCCUUUCCACAUGUAACUGAUAACUUUCUGGAAAAAUUGGGUCUGCAUGUGGGUAGCCCGAAAAAGAAACUAUCGAAGGACGAAACCGAAAAAUUGUUCACCACUUUUGCCAUACAAAUCGCUCUAGACUCGAAAAAUAUAAAAGAACGAUUAUCCAAACAGAAACACCAAUGUCUUCAACAGCACAAGAAGUGUUUUUACCUCAUAAAAGACAUAUCGAUGCGACUGCGGGAUCACAGGUGCAUAGGGGCAUUGGAUCCAAUUAAUCCUGUUUUUGUUUUACUCGAAGAUGUAAGGUUCCUUCUCCAAGAGAUAGUUUAGUCUGCUGGUCAACUGGGAAUACUUACAUGCGAAAACCGAAUGAUGAAGUGUUGGAAUCUGGUUACAAAUUAUAUGGCUUUGAUCAAGCAAAAUUCCCCCAAAGUGGAACCGAUAUCCACAAACAGGAUCCAAGACGAAAAACUUGUAGAAGUGAAGAAUUUUUUUGAAAAUAACUCAAAACCAGUAGAAGAUAAGACUGAUUUCAGAAAGAAACCCAAAGAACCCCCCGGCAAGACAAAUUCAACCAAAGAGAAGAAGGAAAAGUAUGG